AGGAAGGGAGCGAGGGGGGAUUGGGGCAAGCGUCAGACUGUAACCGGAUAUUCAGGGGGUUACAACUGAAGGGUCCAAUAAUCGAAGCAAGUGGACAACACAAAACGACACGUGGCGGUCACAUUCCUCCGAACCUGGCUGCAAAAUCUGAAACGGCGUGGCGGUCUGAUCAGAUUAAAUGA